AUGGCUUGUGUGUCGACAGUUUCAUACAAGUUCGCUAUUAAUGGUGAGCCUAGUGUGAGCAUCAAUGCUAAGAGAGGUCUGAGGCAAGGGGAUCCCAUAUCCCCUUUGCUCUUUGUUCUAAUCAUGGAAUAUAUGCACAGAGUACUCCAAGGACUGGAGGAUGAACCAGCAUUCAAAUUUCACCCCAAAUGUGCUAAGAUGUCAAUGUUGAAUGUUUGUUUCGCUGAUGAUAUAUUGCUUUUUUCCAGGGCAGAUACAAAUUCUAUUAGGCUGAUCAUGGGGAAAAUUAGAGAAUUUUCACAGACAACUGGCUUACACAUGAGUGCUGCAAAGAGCAAAAUCUAUUUUGGUGGAGUAAACAGUGCCUGCCAAGAGCAGCUUCAACUAGAAACUGGCUUUCAAAUUGGGGUCAUGCCUUUUAAGUACCUUGGUGUUCCACUUGAUAGCAAGAAGUUAACUGUCCUUAACUGCCAACCGCUUAUAGAAAAAAUGCUAUGCAAGUUCAAACAUUGGAAUACUCGUAUGUUAUCGUAUGCAGGUAGACUCCAACUUAUCAAGAUCGCCAUAACAUCUAUAGCUAAUUAUUGGCUACAUAUUUUUCCUCUUCCAAAGAAGAUUCUAAAGCAUGUGGAGAGUCUUUGCCGAAGCUUCCUUUGGACUGGCCAAGAAACUGUCAGCAAUCGAGCACCUAUCUCUUGGGACCACAUCUGUGAUCCUGUUGCUGCAGGAGGUUUGAAUAUUACUGAUUUAGGUGUUUGGAACCGUGCCUCGAUUGGAAAGAUGCUUUGGAACCUCCAUACAAAGAAGGAUAGGAUGUGGAUUAAUUGGGUGCACCAUUUCUAUAUGAAGAACCAUGAUGUUAUGAAUUUCGUGCCUAAACCGACAGCCUCGUGGAUUAUCAAAGCCAUGUUCAAACAUAGAGAUACCUUAUGCAACUCUGAUGCUUGGAACAAUUUUGCAGGUACAGGAAUCUAUAGGACGAGAAUGAUCUAUAGUGAAUUGCGUGGGAUCCGGCCUGAUGUUCCAUGGAAGAAUAUGAUCCGUGGGAAUUUGGAAAGCCCUCGUGCCGUUUUCAGUUUGUGGAUGGCAUGUCAUUGUCGACUCAACACGAAGGACCGCAUACUGAAGAUAGGUGUUCAUACUGAUGGUGUGUGCGUUUUCUGUGGUGCAAUGGAGACAUGUGAUCACCUGUUCUUCGACUGUGCUGUCACAAAAGUCCUUUGGCAACAAAUUCUAUUUUGGUUGAAGCUGAAUCAUGUUCCACAAGAAUGGAGUAGAGAAGUUCGCUGGAUCAGUGAGCACACUAAAGGUAGUAGCAAAUCUGCCAGGAUUCUUAAAAUGUGCAUAGUUGAAGCUGUUUACCAUGUCUGGAUUCAAAGGAAUAGGAAAGUGUUUAAUGGCCCAAAGGAGGAAAAUUUACUUGCUCAGGACAUAUUGUAUAGGGUAAAAGGGAGAGUGGCUCAUAACAACAAACUCAAAUUAUUUGUUGAUGCCCUUGGUUAG